UUUCGACCCGGAAGAUAAAUAAACACUUCCUGCCGCUUCUGUCAGUUUGUUGUUGUUGACUAAAGUCUGAAGUAGGUGUUUUCUUCUAACGUGUCGCUUACUUCAUUAACUUAAUGUUACAAAAAACAAAUAGAACCGACAGAGCUUAGGUAAUUCGGUUAGCAUUAUCCGUCGUUAGCUUCGGCCGUUCAGCGGCGGCUGUUAGCUGUUAGCCGGCAGGAUGAGCUCCUCCGCGGGCUGUUAGCUGUUAGCCGGCAGGAUGAGCUCCUCCGCGGGCCUGCGCUGUUAUAAAACUGGAAAGAAACAAUUCCUACCGCGGCAGUUUUAUUAAAGUAAUGUAAAAACAAACAGAGCGAAGCUAAUGCGCUAGGCCUAGCCAGUUAGCAUAAGCCGUUAGCCGCAGUUAGCUAGCUAGUGGUUAAGGGUAGAAGGGAUACAGCUACGGUGACGACCGUUAUGUUUAGGAAAAAGAUGGUGGUUUGGAUUAAAACACUUUCGAGGAACGAACACGCGUUUCCUGGGUGAAAGUAUUAAAAUAUAUUAUUAUAUUAUAGUAGAUUUGGCGAGAUUUGGCGUAAUUUAGCGUAACUUUCGUCCGUAGCUGUAUCCCUUCUCGCCGUGAGCCGCAGUUAGCUUCGGUUGUUCAUCGGAAGAAGCGGCGGAUGUUAGCCGGCAGGAUGAGCCCCUCCGCCGGGCUGCACACCCAGCUGGCCGCCGUCAUGGAGUCUCUGGUUCACGCUGCGGUGGCGGAGCUGAAGAAGCUGGUGGAGGACAGCUCUGCCUUCCUGCUCCGCCUGGAGGUCCGGGCCGGAGAGAAGCUGCCUCCGCCGGUCACACUGCAGGCCGAGAGCCGGGAGAAGAUGGUGCAGUUUGCGGCGGUGAUGGAGACUCUGGGGAACGAGGCUCUGGGGAAGAUCAUGAACGUGGUGGAAGAAGCCAAACUGCUGCUGGAGCCCGAAACCAAGAGACGGGGCAGCAAGAGACCGCACACCAGUAUCCUGUACAUCCUCAACAACACACGCACCGGUGCCGAGCACUCGUACGGAGCCCGACCGGAGACUUCCAGCACGCACAGAUCCACUCAGACCAAACAGGAGCAGGAGGAACCUGAGAAGCCGUUUGUCCCGGCGGUCACCAUUAAAGACGAACAUGGAAACGUGGACCUGUGUGCCAUCACUCACAGAGCGGAGAUCGAAGCGGCGCCCCCGCCCCCGCCAUCGCCACCGCCGGUGACCUCUGACCUGCAGCCGUUCGUCCUGCAGAGCGUCACGUGGAAAUACUUCACGUGCACGGCGUGCGGUAAAUCCUUCACGUCUCAGAGCAACCUGAAGAGCCACUACCGCAUCCACACGGGCGAGAAGCCGCACGCCUGCAGCGUCUGCGGCCGAGCUUUCCGCCUGAUGUCGGGCCUGAGGAACCACAUGGCGACGCACACCGGCGAGCGCCCGCACCAGUGUCCCACCUGCGGGAAGUGCUUCACCAAGCCGGCGCAGCUGAAGACGCACGCCGUCGUGCACACCGGCGAGAAGCCGUAUGCCUGCGACGCGUGCGGCAAACGCUUCAAUGUGCUGCAGAACCUGCACCGCCACGAGCACACGCACACGGGCAAGAAGAUCUUCGUGUGUGGCGUCUGUGGGAAAGGCUUCACUCGAGCCGUCACGUUGAAAACGCACAAGCUCAUCCACACCGGGGAGAAACCCUUAAAGUGCGAGCUGUGCCCCAAAACCUUCCGCCACGCCAUCAACUUGAAGAACCACCAGAAGAUCCACAGCGGCGUGCGGCCGUACAGCUGCGAGCUGUGCGGGAAAAGCUUCCGCCAGUCGGUGAACCUCAAGAUCCACCGGCGGAUCCACACCGGCGAGCGCCCGUUCAGCUGCCAGGAGUGCGGGAAGACGUUCAGCCAGCAGAGCAGCCUGAUCACGCACGGCCGCACGCACUCCAAGGAGCGCCCGUUCAGCUGCAGCUACUGCGACAAGAAGUUCAACAACAGCAACAGCCUGAAGCUACACCUGCGCGUGCACACCGGCGAGAAGCCGUACGGCUGCGACGUCUGCGGCAAGACGUUCAGCCAGUGCAGCCACCUGCGGACGCACAAGAGGCACAUCCACGCUGGAGGCAAGCAGUUCAUCUGCGACAAGUGCGGGAAGACGUACUCGGACCGGCGCAACCUGAAGCUGCACAAGUGCGGCUACGCGUGAACGAAGAUGCUAAAAUCAGCCGUUUCUUCAGUGGAGUCUGGCACAGGCAACAUUACAACUGCAAUGUUAUUAAAGAAUGUUUUCUUUUUGUGUCCACGAUAGAAUUACUUUCUCCUUUUGAGAUUGUCGACAGGCGGCUUGGUGCGUUGAGUGAGACUGGGUAUGAGUUUAGCCGACAGAAGGUGAGCGUCAUGCUGCGAUGACCCUUAAAAACAACUAACGAUUAAUAUCUUGAUUAAUCGUUUGGUCUAAAAAUGUUGGAAAAUAGAGAAAAAUGUCCGUCACAGUUUCUCAAAGUCCAAGAUUUAAAAUGUCUUGUUUUGUUAAAAAAACCCAAAGCUAUUCAGUUUAAUAUGACAUAAAGCUGAAAAGAGCAGGACAUCUCUGAAGCUGCACAAGUGCGACUACGCGCGAACAAAGACGUUAAAAUCAGCCGUUUCUUCAGUGGAGUCUGGCACAGGCAACAUUAAAAAUGGAAUGUAAUUAAAUAAUGUUUUGUCCGAGAUAAAAUAUCAGAUUUUCUCAAAGUCAAAGCUGUUUAAUAUGAUA